AUGGACCAGAGGCAACCGCUUGUUUCAGCGUUGUAUUUGUUUGGAGACUCGACCAUAGAUCCUGGUAACAACAAUUUUCUAGCGACUAUUGUCAAAUCUAAUUUCCCUCCCUAUGGAAGGGAUUUUCCAUACGGUCAACCGACUGGCAGAUUCACAAAUGGAAGAUUAAUUACAGACCAACUAUCUGAGCUAUUAGGACUUCCAGAUUUGCUGCCUGCAUCUUUGGAUCCCGAAUUUCAAGGACAGAAGCUACUGACAGGGGCCAGUUUCGGUUCAGCUGCUUCAGGAUAUGCAGACAGUACUUCUAUUCCUUUGAUUUACAGUAAUGAGGGGCCAGAGAUUAGCUCUGAUCUUCUGUAUUUGCAGAAUGUUUUGCCACUGGAGAGACAAGUGAAAAAUUUCAGGCUCUAUAAAGUACGGCUUGCAAAACAAUUCGGGCAUGAAACUGCCAAUAGGACCAUAUCUCAAGCAUUAUUUGCCGUAAGCGGAGGAAGUAAUGACUUUGCCAAUAAUUAUUUCAUAAAUCCUCUAACCAGGAAAAAGUAUACCAUUAAACAGUUCCAAGAUCUGCUUCUAAAAUCUCUAACUGUGUUUAUACAGAAUGUUUACAACGAGGGUGCUACUACAGUUGCCAUUGUUGGGCUUCCUCCUUUUGGUUGUUUGCCUUCCCAAAUUACUCUACACAACAUACUAGAAAAUAAAUGUGUCGAGGAGUUUAAUGAGGUUGCGAGCUCCUUCAAUUCCAAGAUCAAAGCUUUAUUAAAGAAGAUAAGGCCCAAUUUUCCUGGUGCCCUUAUUGCUUAUUUUGAUAUAUACGAUAAGUUCUUUGACAUCAUUAAAUCUCCUAAUAAGUAUGGUUUUGAAGAGACCAGGAAAGGUUGUUGUGGAACGGGUCUAUUGGAGACAUCUAUAGCAUGCAACCCUAGAACAUUAACUUGUCCCGAUCCAUCCAAAUAUGUGUUCUGGGAUAGCUUUCAUCCAACAACUAAAUGUUAUUAUUACAUAAGCAGUCGAGGAAUGAGGACUGUAACUGAAACCAUAAGAAUGUUAAAUAUACAAUAA